UUACGCUGUCGACUAUACUAACGGCGAAAACAUUGAAAAAGUUAUCGGCAUUUUAUGGUUUUGUUAAGGUGUCGGCUGACCAGUAGAAUACUGUAACGUGCCCUAAAAAGCGUAUUUCCGUGGUGUCAAAAUGUUCAUAUUUCGGAGUAUUUAGUGUUUUAAAUGGAUCAUACUAUUCCUUAUAACGCAUUCGAAUUCUCAACGGUUAAUCGCGUAACUUAACACCACAUCACACAACGCGUGACGAUUUCAUGAAAUAAUGCUUCGCUUUUCCUCGAGACGUGAGCUUGGGACGCCUGUGGUGAGUUCUGGUGACGAAUGCUCAUGGUCUGACCGGAAGCAGUCAAUAUUUGCAUUUUGAAUGAAUAAUGUCGAUUUCGCUACGGACCGUCCCGUGCUGAAUACCCAAAGACAAGUAGAGAAGAUGGCUUUGUACUUCGUCUUCCUCUGUGUUUUCCUCGGGUUAAUGCAGAAUUCAAAUGCAAAAAUUUUCACGGCAGAUUUCGACCAACGCUUGAAUCGAGAACGAAGGAAUGAACACAACGAAGAGUUGAUUCCUUUAAGUUUGCUCAUAACAUCGAAAAUAUCUUCACGCUUUGCGAACACGCUUGUAACAAGUACGUUACAAAACAAAUCUCCCGAUGAUCGAGAGGCUAAGUUCGUCGUACAGCUCCCAGAAACAGCUUUCAUCUCCAACUUCUCGAUGGUAGUGAAAGGAAAACGCUACAUCGCACGCGUCAAGGAAAAGAAUGCAGCGAAAAUGGAAUACGAGGAAGCCAAGAACAAAAGCCUAAACACAGGCCUUGUGAGUUAUAGUAAAUCUCAACUAGCUUUGCGAGGAAUGGACGUAUUCGAAAUUGCAAUCAAUGUAGCGCCAAGGAGUACCGCUGUGUUUUACCUCAACUAUCAACAGUUGCUUCUAAGACGAAAAGGAUUCUACGAACAAACAAUCAGCAUUCGUCCAAAACAGAUUGUUCCUGUUUUAAAUGUUACUGUCGACGUCGAAGAACCGCAAGACUUAUCUCACGUAGAGGUCAUGAAAAUUCGCAAGGAUCCAAGCGAUGUACUGGAGAAGGGAAAUCCAUCAGCAGCGGUGACUCAAACAUCGCCGAAAUCGGCACGUGUAACAUACAAUCCCAGUGAAACCGAACAGAGAAAACAUGGAAAUGCAGGAGUUGAUGGCGAUCUUAUUAUACAGUACGACGUUCAUCACGAAAAUAACGCAGGCGUCAUUCAAGUUCUCGAUUCCUUUUUCGUUCAGUAUUUCUCCCCCAGUGGUUUAAAUCCAUUGCCAAAAAACGUUGUCUUCGUUAUUGACAUCAGUGGUUCAAUGCAAGGUCAAAAGAUUGAACAAACCCGCCAAGCCAUGUUCACUAUCCUCAGCCAGCUUCGCUCUGACGAUUCAUUCAACAUCGUCCUGUUUAAUGGCGACACAGUGAAGUGGAGACCUUCAACCUCGCUCGCGACAGGUGACAAUAUUCAAGCUGGGAAAAAUUUUGUGAUUCAAAGCGUGAAAGCAGGAGGCAGCACCAACAUCAACGAUGCUCUUCUUUUGGCCCUAAACCUUCUUGGAGAUAUUGCUCGCCAGGGGGACUCACUUGCUGCAGACAAUUUCCCGAUGGUGCUGUUUCUGACCGAUGGUGAGCCAACCGCGGGGGUUGUCAAUGGUCAGCAGAUCCGUGCCAACAUUCUUGAGGCGAAUACGUUAAAAGCAUCCGUGUUUUCUCUAGGAUUUGGCUUUAACCUUAAUAUGGACUUGCUGACUGCGCUAUCAGCUGAAAAUGGGGGAGCAGCUCGACGAAUCUAUCCAGAUAAGGACGCUGCCAGUCAACUAGAAGGAUUUUUUGACGAGAUCAGCACACCUCUAUUGGUGCGAGUUCGAUUCGAGUAUCCUCAGGACGUGGUAGAUAUCACACAAGUCACCGCUACAGAGUUUUCUCAGUAUAACAAUGGAUCGGAGCUUGUUGUGUCUGGAAAGCUCAAGGAAGGACUCAGUGAUUCAAGGCUGAUGCCUGUUAAUGUUCGGGGUAUCUCUAGCAUCAAACCUGUCUCUUACUCUCUGACUCACACUCUCCAAAACCUGACCGUUUCAUCAGACGAGGUGCUGGUCGAAAACUUUCCUGAGAGACUGUGGGCUUACAUGAAAAUUAAGGAGCUGUUACUCAAUCUCCUGGUAACUGAAAAUUUAGAGGAAAAAGCUCGACUGAAGUCAGAAGCGCUGAAUAUUUCUUUGAAGUACAAAUUCGUCACACCGCUCACAUCCUUCGUGGUUGUUGAGUCAGAUUCCUAUUUGAAAGAUGACAACAUUCUCGAAGGUACAUCGGUUGUUGUCGGUAAAGGAGCCGACUCGCGCAACAGAGCUACAUCAGCUGCAUGCAAACCUCAGUCCACUGAAUCGUUGAUUGUUGUGACUUUGUUCUUAGUGCGAUAUUCUUUCAUAAGUCUUUACUGAGCAUGAGCAGCAUGACAAAACAAUUUAACCAGUAAUAAUUUGCUUAACACUUAAACUCCCAAGAUCUAGUUGUUAAUUCUCCCCUCUAGCCACUAUGCAUUUCCUUGUAAAUUAGCGAUAACAACU